GAGUAGCUCGGUCUCUCUCCGAGUCAUCUCCCUCUCUCUCUCCUUGUGUGGGGGGUGGUGUCAUUGUAAGAGAGGAGAACAGGAACACAGAAGAAAAAUAAAGCAUCUAUUUAUUUCUCUUUUGCAUUUCUUCCACUCAGUGAUUGAUUUCUCAGCUCUGUGAGUCUGUAACUCUGCUUAGAGUGCGAAAGGUUGAGAGAGAGAGAGUGUGGGUCUGGGCGAGAUAUAUAUAUAUAUAUAUAUAUAGGUUGUGAGAGCAAUGCAGCAGCACCUGAUGCAGAUGCAGCCCAUGAUGGCAGCCUAUUACCCCAACAACGUCACCACUGAUCAUAUUCAACAGUAUCUGGAUGAGAACAAGUCGCUAAUUCUGAAGAUUGUUGAGAGCCAGAAUUCAGGAAAACUAAGCGAGUGCGCUGAGAACCAAGCAAGGCUACAGCGAAACCUUAUGUACUUGGCUGCAAUUGCAGAUUCUCAACCCCAACCCCCUACCAUGCAUGGUCAGUUUCCGUCUAGUGGCAUUAUGCAGCCAGGAGCGCACUACAUGCAGCACCAACAGGCUCCACAGAUGACACCACAAUCGCUCAUGGCAGCACGCUCCUCCAUGUUGUACAGCCAACAGCCAUUUUCGGCAUUGCAACAGCAGCAAGCUUUGCACAGCCAGCUUGGCAUGAGCUCUAGUGGAAGUGGAGGACUUCACAUGCUGCAAAAUGAUGCUAGUCAUGCCGGAGGUAGUGGGGCACUUGGAGGGUUUCCUGAUUUUGGCCGUGGAUCCACCGGAGAAGGCUUGCAGGGUGGUAGUAGGGGGAUGGCUGGUGGAAGCAAGCAAGAUAUUGGGAAUGCUGGGUCUGCUGAAGGGCGAGCGGGUAGCUCUGCACGCCAUGAUGUUGAGGGAGGUGAGACUCUUUAUCUAAAAGCUGCAGAUGAUGGGAACUGAAGAGGUAAGAAUGAAGGACAUGGUCAUUGGACGUUGGUCAGCAUCUGAAGUUUUAGGCGAGAUAGGUGAGGAAUAUAUAUAUAUGUAAGGGGAAAAGAAGGAACUAACUGCUUCAAGUACCUAGUCAUUUAAGCAACGGUGGCUAGGAUUUAACCCCCAAACCUCUGGCAUUGAUGUUUUCUUAAGCGAUGGGAAUUGUGUAUGCUGUGGUAGUAUAUCAUGUAAAUUUGUAGGUCAUUGUGAUGUGUUUCGUCACUAAUUGUGCUCUUGUUAGCAAUGUUUGAGUUCUUAUGUUCUCUCGUUACAUGUUAUUUUAGUAAUCUGAAACUUCUUCAUUGAUGAAGUCCUAGUCGUAGACAUGCUAGAUUAUUCUAUGUCAAGCUUAACUAGCUCAUCGUUGAG